GGGCAUAUGGGAACCCGAGCAGAUGUUCACGGUUUUCGGCCGCAUUGCGCACUUCAGGAACUGGAUCGAUCAGCAUAUGGGCAAUGAAGGAUCUCUCCCCCCUACACCAACUCCCCCAAGCACAAAAUGCAGCUGCAACUUUGAUCGUGACACAUGUGACUUUAUCAACUUGAAAUCGGACAAGUUUGACUGGACAGGAAAGAGUGGAACAACUCCCUCCACUGGUACUGGGCCUAGCUCUGGCCAAAGAGGAAAAGGUUACUACAUGUACAUCGAGACAUCCUCACCAAGGAAGAAAGACGACAAUGCAAAGCUAGAAAAGGGAGGACUGUAUUUCGACGGCAAAACCUGUAUUUACAUUUGAUCUGAAUACUGUUGAGGUAUCUGUCAAUCAUUAUCUUGGUUUGCACCCUCAUGGAUAGAUGAUGAAUAUUAUAACCGCUUACAGCUUCUUUUACCAUAUGGCCGGUGCGAACGUGGGGAAGCUAUUGGUCAAAAUUGGGUCCAAAACAAUCCUGAUUCUUGCACGUAACCAGGGCAACGCAUGGAAGAGAGCAGUCGCCGAAGUGAAAGAUGUGGGAACUAUCCUGUUAUCUUAAAAACCAUGAAUAUCUAUUUUAGAAAUUACAUUUAUGGUAGUUAAAUAUUGCUAGAGUUUUACUUCACGGUACAUAUUCAGUAUUUCGUUCCAGCUCGUAUUUGAAGGAAUUAGGGGAACGAGUUGGCAGGGAGACAUUGCCAUUGAUGACGUCAUUGCUGCGCCAUGUCAAGACAUUCCACCCUCAGAAUUCCGCUGCAAUUUUGAUAGGGACACCAGUGGCUUUGCCAACCUGAAAUCGGACAAGUUCGACGGACACGGAAAAGCGGGGCAACACCUUCAAGUGGUACUGGGCCAAGCUCGGACCAUGGCGGGAAGGGCUUAUAUAUGUACAUCGAGACAUCAAGCCCCAGAAAACCCUACGACAAUGCAAAGCUGGAAAAAAAAGGGACCUUUACUUUAACGGACGUACUUGUGUCAGCUUUUACUACCACAUGUAUGGAGCCUCCAUGGGAAAACUGCUGGUCAAACUUGGACCCAUGACCGUCGUGACUAUCGCGGGAAACAAAGGAAACACGUAGAAAAAGGCAGAUAUCAAAGUCGAUCCAUUGGAUUUAUUCCUCUCGUGUUCGAAGGAGUCAAAGGCAAAAGUUGGCAGGGAGACAUUGCAAUCGAUGACGUCACGGUUGGAUCUUGUAGAGGAGAAGUCAGCGAGUAGAAUAGUGAGAGGAACCGCUGCAAAGCAGAAUAGCUGGCCAUGGCAGGCUCAACUCAGGACUACUUCCGGUUUCCACUACUGCGGCAGCUCGCUGAUUCAUCCUCAGUGGAUUCUGACGGCGACUCACUGCGUUGAACAAACAUCGGCGUCAUCCAUUGUCAUCAGACUGGGAGCCCACAAAAGGACCUCAAAUAUCGGGACUGAACAAGAUAUCAAGGUUUCAAAAGUGAUCCUCCACCCAAGCUACGGCAAACCCGUCACAUUGGCACAUGACAUUGCUCUCCUAAAACUCGAGAAGUCAGCAACGGUUAACAACAAUGUACAUACAGUGUGCCUUCCCUUCAAUGGCCCCGCCCCAUCAGAUUGUACCCAUUGCUGGAUCACGGGAUGGGGGCAUCUGGCCUCGGGGGGAGAUACCCCUGACCUACUCCAGCAAGCCUCGGUCCCGAUUGUAAGCCGCAGUCGCUGUGACAAGGCUUACCCCGGCAAGAUCCAUAGCUUUAUGCUGUGCGCAGGUCUGGAUAAGGGUGAUGGAGCCACCAGCUGGGGAUAUGGCUGCGCUAGAUCUGGGAAGUUCGGCGUGUACGCUCAUGUCAAAAAUCUUAUCGGAUGGGUCACGUCGGGGAUGGCUAAGAACUGAGUUGUAAAACAAAAUUAGUAACUGAAUCUCUAAAUAAAGUUCUGAGUAAAAUGAAAA